CCCAGCUCCGGCCCCGGCCCCGCCCCGCGCCGGCCGCCAGUAAGUGCCGUGCGCAACCGUCCGGAAGCUGCCAGCCCUUUCCCCUUUUAUGGGAGGACUUUUUAAAAAACGUAAGAGUUCACUGACGCCACCGCGUAAGACUGGUCCUAAAACCGUGAUCAAGGAGCUCCUGGCCACUUCUCACUUCCGCUUCCUUCCAGUAAGGAGUCGGGGUCUUCCCCAGUUUCUCAGCCAGGCGGCGGCGGCGGCGGCGGCGGCGGCGACUGGCGAUGUUUGGCCUCCAAAGAAACGCGGUAAUCGGACUCAACCUCUACUGUGGGGGGGCCGGCUUGGGGGCUGGCAGCGGCGGCGCCACCCCUCCGGGAGGGCGGCUUUUGGCCACGGAGAAGGAGGCCUCGGCCCAGCGAGAGGUAGGGGGAGGGGAGGCCGGCGCGGUGAUUGGCGGAAGCGUCGGCGCUAGCCCCCCGGCCGCCCUCACGCCUGACGCCCGGAGGGUCGUGCGGCCGCCGCCCAUUGGCGCCGAGGUCCCCGACGUCACCGCGACCCCCUCGAGGCUGCUGUUCUUCGCGCCCACCCGCCGCGCGGCGCCGCUUGAGGAGAUGGAAGCCCCGGCCGCCGACGCCAUCAUGUCUCCCGAAGAAGAGCUGGACGGGUACGAGCCAGAGCCUCUCGGGAAGCGGCCGGCUGUCCUGCCCCUGCUGGAGUUGGUCGGGGAGCCUGGUAAUGGCUCCAGUACGGACGGGUCACUACCCUCGACGCCGCCGCCAGCAGAGGAGGAGGAGGACGAGUUGUACCGGCAGUCGCUGGAGAUUAUCUCUCGGUACCUUCGGGAGCAGGCGACCGGCGCCAAGGACACAAAGCCAAUGGGCAGGUCCGGGGCCGCCAGCAGGAAGGCUCUGGAGACCUUACGACGGGUGGGGGACGGCGUGCAGCGCAACCACGAGACGGCCUUCCAAGGCAUGCUUCGGAAACUGGACAUCAAAAACGAAGACGAUGUCAAAUCUUUGUCUCGAGUGAUGGUCCAUGUUUUCAGCGACGGCGUAACAAACUGGGGUAGGAUUGUGACUCUCAUUUAUUUUGGUGCCUUUGUGGCCAAACACUUGAAGACCAUAAACCAAGAAAGCUGCAUUGAACCAUUAGCAGAAAGUAUCACAGACGUUCUCGUAAGGACAAAACGGGACUGGCUAGUUAAACAAAGAGGCUGGGAUGGGUUUGUGGAGUUCUUCCAUGUAGAGGACCUAGAAGGUGGCAUCAGAAAUGUGCUGCUGGCUUUUGCAGGUGUUGCUGGAGUAGGAGCUGGUUUGGCAUAUCUAAUAAGAUAGCCUUGUAAGUGCAGUAGUUGACUUUUAACCAACCACCACCGCCAAAACCAGAUAACAUCUGUGACAGCAGCUGGACUCCAAGCUGUAACUUCCAAGAGUUGCCCUCUAGCAACCUAGCCAAGUGGCAGAAGAUUAUGGCUAACAAGAAUAAAUACGUGGGAAAAGAAUCUCCCCUUGAUUCAAGAGUCACUGUCUGAAAGAAGCAAAGUUCAGUUUCAGCAACAAGCAAACUGUUAGGGAGGCUAUGGAGGAGGACUUAUAGAUUUAGUGAAUAUGGUAGGGUGGAAAGAAUUUUCUUGUUGAGAACAGGAGAGUGGCCAGUAGCCAGGCAAGUCAUAGAACUGAUUAAAUAAUACCCGCCGAAUUCAUUAAUAUUCUGUAGUGUUAAGAGAAGCACUAACAAUGCCAGUGAGCUGUGUAAAAGCUACAAGUAAUAGAACUAAGACUGUAAGCCUCAGUACUGUACAAGGGAAGCUUUUUCUCUCUCUGAUUAGCUUUCCCAGUAUACUUCUUGAAAUAGAAAGUCCAAGUGUGGCAGGACUUUUAUACUUGUUAUACAUUGGCUUGGUUUCCAUGAUUCUUAGUUUGUUAGCCUAGUUUAUGGCCAAGAAUACUUGAUGGAAGGCUCAGUAGUUAUGAAUAUGGAUAUCCUCAGAUUUUAAGACAACUUGUAAAUGUAUUUGUAAAAAUUGUAUAUAUUUUUACAAAAGUCUAUUUGAAACAAAGGGAGAGAAGUCUUAAAUUUACAUUAGUUUUUUUCAUGCCCUUUGAACUUUGCAACUUCUGUAAUUAGGAAUCUGUUCCUUAAAGCUUUUCUAUGCUAAACUUUGUUCUGGUCAGUAGAGAGUGUAUACAGAACGAAUUGAUGUGUAACUGUAUGCAAACUGGUUGUAGUGGAACCAAUCUGAUUGAUAAACUAUGCAGAUUUUAAUUUUCCUAUCUGAUUUUGGUAAGUAUUCCUUAGAUGGGUUUUUCUUUGAAGUCCUGGGAUUGAGAGGUUGAUAAAUGGAAAUUAAUCUUUUCACUUAGUUAUAUGCAGGUUUUCAAUAAUUAGGUCUAAGUGGAGUUUUAAGGUUACUGAUCACUUAACAAAUAAUGGGCUCUGAUUGGGCAAUACUCAUUUGAGUUCCUUCCAUUUGACCUAAUUUGGUGAAAUUUAAACUGAAUUGACGAGCUCAUCUUUAAAGCUUCUACUAGAAGAUUUUCAGCUUUUCCGAAUGGAACUCAUUAGCUGUGUGCAUAUAAAAAGAUCACAUCAGGUGGAUGGAGAGACAUUUGAUUCCUUAUUCGCUUAAUAAAUUAUAAAAUGAUGGCUUGGAAAUGCAGGCUAGUCUAACCAUGGUGCUAUUAUUAGGCUUGCUUGUUAUACACAGGUCUAAGCCUAAUAUUUCAAUAAAACAAAUACUUAUUGUUUUGUUUCUAUUAAUGAUUUCUAAACUUUGUUUCAGAUUUUUGCUUUGGCAUCUUUGGAUUUCAGGCUUGAUGUUCUUUGAGACUUACCUUUUAUUUCCUGUCCUUCCUUGAAAUAGCUGCUUGUUCUGCUCCCUCUGCAAAUAUUUAUACAUCUUUCCCCUGCCAUCCCUGAACUCUUCCUAGCCCUUUUAGAUUUUGUCACUGUGAAACCCCUACUGGGAACCUGAGUGACCCUCCCUCCCCACCAAGAGUCCACAGACCUCUCAUCUUUCAUGAACUUUAUCCUGUUGGGAAUUGGUAAUACCAUGGGUGCUGUGACACUACAGUCAUUGAGGGGUGGGAGGAAGUCCCUUUUCCUUGGACUGGUUAUCCUGUCUUUGGGGGAAUUGUGUCAAAAUUCCCCUCAGGAAUUUUUAGAGGAGGGAACAUCUUAUGAGGCUUUCUCUAAAGUUUCCUUUGUAUUUGAGUAUGCUCACUUAAAUUUACAUGAAAGAGGUGAGCUGUGUAACCUCAGAGUUUAAAAGCUACUGAUAAACUGAAGAAAGUGUCUCUGUUGGAACUAGGGGCAUUUGAAGGCUUCAGCCUCAGAACAUGACCUUUAGUCUGUGGACUCCAUUUAAAAAUAGGCAUGAAUAAGAUGACUAAGAAUGUAAUGGGGAAGAAUUGCCCUGCCUGCCCAUGUCAGAGCCAUAAGGUCAUCUUUGCUAGAGCUAUUUUUGCCUAUGUAUUUAUCGUUCUUGAUCAUAAGCCACUUAUUUAUAUCAUGUAUCUCUAAGGACCUAAAAGCACUUUAUGUAGAUUUUAAUCUUAAGAUCUGGUUACGGUAACUAAAAAGCCUGUCUCCCAAAUAUAGUGGAAACAAGCGCAUAGAUGUGAAUUGGCUUUUAGGGGCCUCACUUCCCAGUUAAUUCGAUGUGACUGGAAAUACAAAUAAGGAUCUUAGUUGAUAGUUUGGGCUUGGGGCAGUGAGGGUUUAGGGCACCCCAAGUGGUUUGAGAAAGGUGAGUUUAGGGCACCCCAAGUGGUUUGAGUGGUGAGUUUAUAGGGAGAAGGGGCCAGGUGGUCUAAGUGCUGACUGGCUACAAAGUUGAGGCAAAUCCUCCAAAAGGGAAAGGGACGGGCUGCUUAGAAGGAUGGCGCUCUCAGCGACUUCUGUUUGACUUCUGUUUGUCUUACGCUUCUCUCAGGGAAAAACAUUCAGUACUCUAGUGUUCGUGUACAUUCUGUUGGGGUCAACACCUUGGUUCUGGUUAAACAGCUAGUGCUUCUGACAGCUGGGCCAGGAACGGUUAGGACCAACUACAAGUUAAUAUUGGUUGUAAAAUGUAGUGUGUUUUCCUAAGUUCCUGUUUUUCCUGAGAAAAUAAAUCUUAUUCAAAUACAA